AUGCAUUUGUCAGCCCCGUUGGUCGAGCGCCGACAGGGCCCCAGUGUGGCGAAUGGCGACUCCCAGCGGCGAGGCGAUCGGUGUUACUGGCGAGUCCUGGAACCCGAGGAGGUGAUGGAGGAGGUGAUGGAGGAGGGGAUGGAGGAGGUGAUGGAGGAGGUGAUGGAGGAGGUGAUUGAGGAGGUGAUGGAGGAGGUGAUGGAGGUGGUGAUGGAGGAGGUGAUGGAGGAGGUGAUGGAGGAGGUGAUGGAGAAGGUGAUGGAGGAGGUGAUGGAGGAGGUGAUGCAGGAGGUGAUGGAGGAGGUGAUGGAGGAGGUGAAGGAGGAGGUGGUGAUGGACUCAAUGAUGGCCGUGUAG